GUCCAAUGGUAACCGGUAGAGGACGAGCUUGGAUCAUGUAGGUAUUGGAUGCAUGAUCCAGCUGCGAUCAGCCAACUUUGAUUCUAAAAUUGGAGUCUAGUCCAUUAGGACUCCAUAUGGACUCAAGAUAGUCCAGGUUAAAGAUCAAGCAACCUUUAGUACAAUCCUAUGUCAUGUUUUGCUAAACGAGAGAUGACAAUUGCAGCAUGAAAACGGUUGAUCCCCUUUUCUUUUCUUUCCAUGUUUCUUGUUCUUUAUCUCCUUGUUUCCUUUUUCUCCGCAACGCGGUCAUAGCUCAGAUCAUUUCAAUGCGGAAACUUUCUUAAUAGCCGGCCAUCAAUUAUCAUAAAUAAAGUUCCAUACUACAAAUUAGCCGAGGGAGAGGUAUUUGCCUGCUGAUGGCUUGUCGACAGAUGGUGAGUGCUCUUGUGAUGAUGCUUAUGGCUGCUUGCUUCCCCCUUAAUGGAGCCAUUGAUCAUGCUGUUGGUGGAGAACGAGGUUGGACAUUGGAGGUUGACUACAGAGCUUGGGCUAAGACCCAACAGUUCCGUGUUGGCGACAAUCUUGUGUUCAAGUACCAGAGAGGGGAUCACAACGUCAUCGAAGUAGACGAGACUGGAUUCAAAGACUGCGCCGCGAAACCAGCAGCCACAGUUCUUGACACAGGAAAAGAUGUAAUCAGGAUUUUAACAACUGGGAAAAAAUGGUACAUCUGCACUGUCUCGAUCCACUGCAGCGUCGCGGGCCAGAAGCUGGAGAUCGACGUGCUGCCGCAAGCUCACUCUCCUGAGGCAUCGCCUUCUGAUAUGAAACCACCUCCGAGCUCAUUAGCAAACAUGAGGAGUGUAGCUUCUUCUUAUGUUGUCAUAGUUUUAGUGGCUGUUGCGGUGAUUUUUUGCUAGGGUCUAGUUUGUGUUGGGUUGAUUAAUUAGAUCAAUUUGUUGUUUGCUAAGCUUUGUUGAUUCUUAUGGUUUAUAUAUGAAAAUGUAGCCACUUAUACCAUCAAAACUGCUUCACUGACAUCUGCAUAUC